AUGAGACAUCCAUGGAGAUCUCUCUUCCGAAACUACCCUCGUCCUCCUCUCCAAGUUUCCCCCAUGUCCCAGGUACUCACUCCUUGUGUUCUUCCUCCUAAUCUCACUUCAUCGUUUCAGAGUGUAUCCUCUCGCUCUCUUUUUACUAGCCCCUUCAACACAUUGAAAGGGUUAUCCAUUUUAAAUUACAACACACUCACCAAUCACUGUUGUUUCUCAUCCGAGGCAGCUGUUGAACAAAAAGACCCAGAUCAUGUUUUGGUUAGUACUGUAACUGAUAUUUUUACUAGAUUUAGUGAUAGGGAUGAUAUUAAGAGAGAAUUAGAGCUAAAUGGUGUUGUUUUCAGCCAUGAAAAUUUGAAAGUGCUGAAGAAUGUUGAGUCUACUCCUCAUGUGACAAGGAAGAUUUUUAAUUGGGUUUUGGAGACUGAUGGGGGGAGACUUAGCUCCAAAUCGUAUAAUCGGAUGUUAGGUGUUUUGGGUGUCAAUGGAUUGGUUGAGGAGUUUUGGGGUUUAGUCAAUAUUAUGAAGAAGAAUGGGUAUGGAGUGUCUGGUGCCGUGCGUGACAGAGUUGCUUUGAAGUUUGAGAAAGAAGGGUUGGAGAGCGAUUUGGAGAAAUUGAGGAGGGUGUUUGCUUCUGGGUCGACGGACAAUUCAAUCGAAAAGGUUUGUUCUAGGGUGUGUAAAAUUAUUAAGAACCAAUUGUGGGGUGAUGAUGUUGAGGAGCGGUUGCUCGAUCUAAAUGUUACAUUUUCGAAUGAUUUGGUGAAAAUGGUAUUGGAGAAUCUUGCUUCAGAGCCAGCAAAAGCUUUGAUAUUUUUCCGAUGGAUUGAGGAGCGAGGUUUGGUGAAACAUGAUGAGCGGAGUUAUAAUGCUAUGGCGAGAUCUCUGGGGAGGGAAGAUUGUAUUGAUAGGUUCUGGAAGGUUGUUGAUGAAAUGAGGAGCUUUGGGUAUGAAAUGGAAAUGGAGACUUAUACAAUGGUUUUUGAUUACUUUUGUAAGAGGAAGAUGAUCAAAGAAGCCGUAGAUUUGUACGAGUUCGCAAUGGCUGGUUCCCAUAAGCCUUCUGUGAGUUGUUCUACCUUUCUGCUGAAGAAACUAGUGGUGAGUAAACAAUUAGACAUGCAUCUGUUUAUAAGAGUUGUGAGGGCUUUUGUGGAGACUGGGAAUGUCUUGACAGGUUCCAUGGCUGAUUCAAUUACCAAAUCUUUGACUAGUGUUGGUAGGCUUGGAGAAUGCAACAAGGUUCUAAAAGUAACGGAGGAACACGGGUUUGUUGCCGGUGGUAAUUUGCAAUCUAAAAUCACAUUUAGCCUUGCUAGUGCUGGUAAAAAGGAUGAGGCUGCUGAGUUUAUUGAUCGUGUUGAAGCAUCAAAUACCGAUUUAGAACACAAGGCAUGGGCAUCUUUAAUUGAAGGGUGUUGUGCCGCUGGGGAUCUCGAAACAGCAUCAACUUAUUUCAAAAAUAUGGUUGAAAAAGAAGGAGUAUCUCAUGCUGGAUAUGCCUUCGAAUGGUUAGUAUAUACAUAUUGCAGUAGAAAAAGAGCAAUGGAUGCUUGCAGGCUUCUACACAAGUUUGUUAGUGACUAUCAGUUAAGGCCAUGGCAUGACACCUACAAGGAAUUGAUAAGGAAGUUAUUAGCACAGGGUGGAUUUAAUGAUGCUUUGAGUCUCUUGAGUUUGAUGAAAAACAAUGGUUUCCCUCCCUUUGUGGAUCCCUUCAUCGAGUAUGUUUCGAGGUCUGGCAGUAGUGAUGAUGCUAUCGCUUUCCUCAAGUCAAUGACAUCGAAAAAGUUUCCAUCCAUGUCAGUUGUUCUUCGUGUUUUCAAAGCGUUUCUUAAAGCCGCGAAGCAAAAUGAAGCACAAGAUUUGUUAUCGAAAUGCCCAAGUUAUGUUCGCAACUACGCUGAUGUUUUGAAUCUCUUUUGUUCCAUGAAACCAGAUCAAGUUGUUGCUACACCGGGUAUGGUUGCUUAAACUUCAUUGGCUGUAGUUCUUGAUGUACUAUGGCAUUUGUCACUAAUUAAAAUUUUGUUAUCUUGGCUUUCAAGAUGUAUGGCUGCCUGGUUAAUAAGAAAACAAAAUUUCGAGGUCUU